UCGGCCGUCGUGGAUUGGACAGCGUUAUGGCUGGAAGCCAGCCACGCCUGUGUGAAGCCUCGCCGUCCUUGAGCCCGCCACAGGCACCCGAACGGACACGGUCCUCCCACAUCCAUUGGUUUCUGGAUAACGCGGAGGCUCACCGGUACCAGGAACGUGCGGCGCCUGCAUCUUCCCGGUUCACUUCAAGGUUUCCGUCAGGCUAAGCGCUCAAGUUCAACUCCAGAUGCCCAUGGCAGAUGUUGAUGUGGUGCUCAUCUCGAUUGGCGUUUGUCAGUUGUGGAGAACAGACUGCUAUUUAUGCUGCAACCACUGAACUGGCAAUGGCCUCAUUAGCCUCCUUGUACAUGUACUCUCUCUUCUGCAGCAGAGAGAACGACAGAGAGAGAGGAGCCAAGUAGUGAAAGAUGGGAGGGCUGGUGAGGUCGAAAUCGAAGGCUUUCAUGUACAUAGCGCACCUACUGGCGGCGACGGCGGCCGUGAUGGUUCUGGUGUGGUGCAUCCACUUUCGUGGUGGCUUGGCCUUUGAGUCUGCCAACAAAUCGCUCAUCUUUAACGUGCAUCCGGUUCUCAUGUUGAUCGGCUUCAUCAUCAUGGGCGGUGAAGCUACGAUGAGCUACAGAACUCUUCCUUGGAGCAAACGAGUAAAGAAGACUAUCCAUUUGAUCCUUCACGCAAUUGCCCUUGUGCUUGGCGUCUUUGGAAUCUAUUUUGCCUUCAAGUUCCACAACGAAAGUGGAAUCGAUAACCUCUACAGCUUGCACUCCUGGAUGGGGCUUGGGACGAUCUGCCUCUAUGGCAUUCAGUGGAUUUUCGGGUUCGUCACCUUCCUCUAUCCUGGAGCUUCAGUGUUCCUUAGAACAGCGUAUCUUGCAUGGCAUGUACUGUUUGGCGUCUUCGUCUACCUACUGGCGAUUGCAACGGCCGAGUUGGGGUUUCUGGAGAAGCUCACCUUCCUCGAGACCUCAGGAAUAUUACACAGAGCAGUUCCUCCUUGGCGACAACAGUAUCGCCGUGUGUUAGCCAAGCGGCCACAGUAACAUGCUGCCUCAAGCGGAGUCACUGAAGAAGCACAAGACAGGGUUCAGAGCCAGUAACGAGCAUCGUCUUGGCUCUGCUCAUCCACUUCUUCUCUUUUUUCAUCGUCGGUCUUGCUUUUCUUCGCCGGCCUUGCUCCCUCUCCUAUUUGCUGCCUACAGCAGACACUCUCCGUCGUCGUCACGCAAGGAGGAAAACAUUCUCUCACUACCUCCUCAAUAGCGGUGAACGGCGAAUAGCGGUGCCUUCCUCGCUUCCCGGCCAGCAGCAAUCGCAACUGCUGCAUCUUCCUCUACCGCAGCAGCCUUCGCUGCCGCUUCCCUCUACACAACGGCGCCUCCUUAACGGCGAUGUCCUCCUCCUCAAUAGCUACGAACGGUGAACGAUGGUGUCUUCCUCGUUCAGUCUUCCUUGCUUAACGACGGCUGCUUCGUCUUCCUCCUUCGCUGUCGCGGUCGCUUCCCAGCCAGCAGCAACCGCAACUACUGCAUCUUCCUUCCUCUACCACAGCAGCUUUCGUUGCCGCUUUUCUCUAUACAUCUAAUUGUUGCAUAUUUCUCUCACUGCAGUUUCCUUGAGUAACACUGCAGAUUUUCGCGGCCAUUUCCCGGCGAACCGCAGUCUUGAGUACCGUUGUAGUUUUCGCAGCUAUCUUCCGGCGAACUGCAGCCUCUCCAAUUCGCUGCAACAAGCAGCAAUCCACAACAGUGAACCAUAGUCUACAUCUAAUUGCUGUAGAUUUCUCUCACUGCAGUUUACUUGAGUAACACUGUAGAUUUUCGCGGCCAUUUCCCGGUGAACCGCAGUCUUGAGUACCGCUGCAGUUUUCGCAGCCAUCUUCCGGCGAACUGCAGCCUCUACAAUCCGCUGCAGCAAGCAACAAUCAACAGCAGCGAACCACAGUCUUGAGAAUCGCUGCAGUUUUCGUGGCCUUUUGGCAAACUGCAGCCUCUACAAUCUGCUGCAGUAAGCAGCAAUCCACAGCAGCUGCCGACAACUUUGGGCACUGUUGUAGAUUGCCCAAUCUGCUGCAGCAAUCUAUAGCAGCAGCCCCCUCCCUCAUUCUCCACUUUUCUAAAAAAAAAAAAAAACAAAGAAAAAAAAAUGUCUUCGUUCA